AUGAAAAAUCCUCCAGCUCUGUCUAUAAAUCAGGUUGUCACCGUCUACCUUCUCCCACCGCCGCAGCUCAGCCCAUAUCAGACGCCAUCAAAGCUCUCUUUCCGUCUCCGGCCGUCUCCCUCACCAGGCUGCAGUUCAGCCGGCAUGCAUACUGACCACUACACCCAAGAAAUGGCUGAGAACGUCGACAGAAUAAGUGACUUAAUUGAUCCCAUCCUCGUUUUAGUUCUCUCUUCGCUGCCCAGUAAGCAUGCUGUAAGAACCAGCGUGCUGUCCAAGAGGUGGAGACACCUUUGGGCCGAGAUCCCUUAUCUGGAUUUCGAAGAGAGCCUCUUCAUCGAUAACCAGAUUCCUCCACCUCCAUGCAUCACGUCACUUCCAUGGCUGAUGCAUGUGAGGAAUGAAGGAAGAAGAAGGUUUGUUGCUUUCGUCCAUCGGAUGCUCCUCCUGUACAAAGGUAAAACGAUAUUCAGAUUCAGACUUCGAUUUUGUUACGACGGUGAGCAUGUCAACAAUAUCACUCAGUGGAUUGGGUUCGCAAUCGCAAAACAAGUCCAAGAGCUUGAUCUAGAUUUCUCAGGGGCAGGCUUGGCGCAAGACUCUCGAACUGGGUACCGUCGUUACGAGCUGCCCAACUAUCUCUUUUGUUAUACAUCCUGUAGUGUUCUGAAGCUGAAUUUUUGCCAAUUCAAACCAUUCUCGUUCAAGAUUUUCUCUUUGCUCAGGAUGCUAUCCCUGAUACGUAUCGAAUUGAGCUCAGAGCUGCUCCUUAGAGUGCUGACAAAUUGCUCAGUCUUGGAGACUCUGCAUCUUGAGAAGUGCCAUGGUUUAAGUCAUCUCAAGAUUUCCGAUUCAAAUUUGCGCCUUGAAAGCCUGAGAAUACACGAUUGUAGGCCACUUUCUCAGGGUGUUGACAUUUGUGCCCCGAAGCUCCGGUCAUUCAAGUACUUUGGCCAUAUAGUACGCUUUGGACCGGAGAAGAUGUUGUCUCUGCAUGAAGUAAGCCUUGAUUUUGGGCUUCAGACUUUGCUUUACGACCAAGAUCAGAAGCUGGGGAAACUUCUACUUCAUCUGGAUCAUGUGAGGGUAAUGUCGGUUUGUUCUUACUUGAUUCAGGUUCUGCCUGCAGAGGGACAAUGUCUACCAACUCCACUGUGUAAUCUCCGGCAUUUGACGUUGAACACCAUGUUGGAUAACCAUGAGCUCCCAGGCAUCAGUUUCUUGCUAAGGAGCUCCCCUAAACUGCAGAGCCUCUCAAUAGAACUGGGACUUGGGCGCGAGAUCAAGGGCUACAAUCCACCACGUAUGGACAUGUCUUUGGUGGGUGGCGACUAUUGGCAAUCAGAGGAGCAACCAUUUGGCUGCAUACUAAACCAUCUCGAGUUUGUAAGAAUAAAUUGGUUCACAGGAGCGGAGAAUGAGAUAAGUUUAGCAAGAUACAUUGUUAAGAAUGCAAUGGCCUUGAAAAAAAUGAUCAUCCAUAUAUGUCAGGAUAGCACUUUGGACGAGAUUAACUCAAUGACUUCAAGGCUUAGCAGAGAAAUUCUAGAUUGCCCAAAAGCCUCUCCGGAUACUUCUGUUACUUAUGUGUAA